UUAUCAAUGCAUUUCUUUCAAGAAAAACUCUGUAAAUAUUGGAUGAGGUUAUAAUAGAACAGCUGAUAAUAGAAAACCAGAAUGGUUUUUAAGAAAUUUUCUGCUGUUUGUUAGCUUCUUUUAGAAAAUCAAACCCAUUUUUGGCAAAUAUGGGGUUAAUGGAUUUGGGAAAGUAACAGAAGGCAAAACAAAUGUUAUGAGAAAACAAUUCCGUGUGAUCUCUUGAAGGUCCUGAGAAAAUUUAAGAAAAUUCACAGCUCAGCUGUGAAUUUUCUUCCUACUUGGAUCAUCUUAUAAAUUUUAUUUAAGGAAUUUGUUGUUGUGAAUACACCUUUUCACUUUUCUCCUACAUUUUACAAAGUUGGGUUUUCCGGGAAAAUCUUUUUGUUGUUAAUAUCAUAGCUGGGAAGACCAAACAAUGAAUUGCUUUUCGUGUUGUAUGUCAGAAGAGAAAAUAAACAGCAAAAGGUCGGCAUCAUUGGAGAAGAGCGGUACCAAUGAAUUCGACGCCAAUGAAGCCAAAACUGUGGCUAUGCCUUCAUUCGCCAAUAUUUCUUUCAAGAGUGACGCAAGCAGAAAGAGAUACAUAAGCGAAGAAAUACUGAAAAGGGGUAAAAGCAAUAUAACUGCAAAGACUUUUAAUUACCGUGACCUAUGCACUGCCACUAACAACUUCAACCCGGAGAAUCAGCUUGGUGAAGGGGGUUUUGGGAGGGUCUACAAAGGGCAGGUUGAACCAACUCUGCAAGUUGUUGCUAUCAAGCAACUUGACAGGAACGGAUAUCAAGGAAACAGGGAAUUCUUGGUUGAGGUCUUGAUGUUGAGUUUACUUAACCAUCCUAACCUUGUAACUUUGGUUGGAUAUUGUGCCGAUGGGGAUCAAAGGAUUUUGGUCUAUGAAUACAUGGCUAAUGGCUCCUUGGAGAGUCACCUUCUAGAUAUACCCCCAGACAAGAAGCCAUUGGACUGGAAUACCAGGAUACAAGUUGCAAUAGGUGCGGCUAAAGGCCUUGAAUACUUGCAUGAAACAGCUGACCCCCCUGUGAUAUACCGUGACUUUAAAGCAUCAAACAUAUUGUUGAACCAAGAUUUCAAUCCAAAGCUCUCGGAUUUUGGGCUUGCAAAGAUUGGUCCAACUGGAGAUAAGUCGCAUGUUUCCACCAGGGUUAUGGGAACCUAUGGCUAUUGUGCACCCGAGUAUGCACUUACAGGCCAAUUGACUGCGAAAUCCGAUGUUUACAGUUUCGGAGUUGUGUUUCUGGAAAUGAUCACGGGAAGAAGAGUAAUAGACAAUUCAAGACCAACAGAAGAACAAAAUCUUGUCAAUUGGGCAACACCUUUGUUCAAAGAUAGAAGGAAUUUCCAAUUAAUGGCUGAUCCAUUGUUAAAAGGGAAUUAUCCCAGUAAGGGUCUCCACCAAGCACUUGCAGUUGCAGCAAUGUGUCUGCAAGACGAUGCAGCCGCUCGGCCUGCGAUGAGUGAUGUGGUAACCGCUCUAGAAUACUUAACUAAUGGCGGAGGACCAGAAGGAGAAGAAGAAGACGAUGAUGAAGAAGAAGAGGAUGAAGAAAAAAAGAAGAGUAGUUGAGAAAUUAAAGUAGGCAUGGCAAUGAAGACGUCGGAAACCUCUAAAGAAAGGUGAAGGGACAAGAAGAUGAGGAGGGUUAAUGGAUCUGGACAAAACUCUUGCAUUUUCAUGAUGCAGCUGAGCUGCAAAGCCAUGGACUCAGUACUCAAAAUCUCAUUUCUUUUAGAGUCCUUUCAUGGCCUGUUUUCUAAGAAGGUACUUGGAAAGAAAAAGUUUCUGAUAAAAGCUCAGCUCAUGGCAAUGAUAUCUUUCAAUUUCAUGGA